CUCUGGUCCCAGACUUCAGCCGUGGGUCUCCAUGACACAUACAGAGGGGGAGUUGUGUGAAUGGACGGAGGGAUAGCAGGUUAGAGGAAUAGAGAGGUGGCUAGAGAAGGGGUAAAUCCCCUGUUACCUAACCAACCCGGAAAACAACAGAGGAUUAACUCCUUGUGCACCUUGUCUCUCUCUUAGCUGCAGAAGAUGGCGCUACCAUCUGUGAUGGUGCUGCCCAUGCUUAUUGUGGUGGCUGCUGGCAUCUACUACAUCUACAAUGAGAUCCUCCAGUACAUGUCCAUGUCCACAGUCAAGAACAAGGUGGUAGUCAUCACUGAUGCUGUUUCCGGAGUGGGAAGUGAGUGUGCCCGUCUCUUCCAUAAGGGUGGUGCCAGGCUGAUCUUGUGUGGAACCAGUUGGGACAAGAUGGAAUCUCUGUAUGACAGCCUGACCAGCGGGUCUGACCCAACAGUGACGUUCCUUCCCAAACUGGUGCUGCUGGACUUCAGUGACAUGGACAGUAUGUCUGAGGUGGUGAAUGAGGUUGUGGAGUGCUAUGGCUGUGUGGACGUGCUAGUUUGUAACAGCAGCAUGAAGCUGAAGGCCCCCGUACGCUCCAUCUCACUGGAGCUGGACAGAAACAUCAUGGACAUCAAUUACUUUGGACCCAGCACCCUGGCCAAAGGUGUCCUUCCAGCUAUGAUCUCUAGGAGGUCUGGUCACAUUCUAUUAGUCAACAGCAUCCAGGGCAGAAUAGCUGUCCCCUUCAGAACCUCCUACUCUGCUUCAAAACAUGCGGUGCAGGCGUUUUUUGACUGCCUGCGAGCGGAGGUGGACGAGUAUGGGAUACUAGUCAGCACUAUCAGCCACACUUUCAUCAAUGCAGAGGCCUCCUCAACCACCCCUACUCAGCCUCAGAAGGGCUUGCGCACAUAUGGUGUACACCCCGCCGAUCUGGCCAAUGAGAUUGUGCGAACGGUUAAUAGGAAGAAUAAAGAGGUUCUGCUGACCGCCCCCAUCCCGAGGAUAGCUCUCUACGUUCGCUCAUUCUUUCCCUCGUUCUUCUUUGCUGUGGUUGCUGCGGGAGUGAAGGAUUCUGCUUUGGCAGAACAGAUGCAGUAAAAGAAAGGAAACAGAUAAGAAGAGAAGAAGAGAAAAGAGAAGAUUAAAGAGACAGUAUUGUAAUGUAUAGCACAAUGAAAACUAACCCAUCAGGGGUAUGUAUUGCAGUUUUACUUCGGUCCUGUAGAUGGCAGCAGUUUACUGCAGUAUUCUUAACCCCAUUUAAAAAGAAAGCCAAAGUUAUAGACCGCCACUGUCAAAUUACUUUGCUCUCACUUGAAACAUUGUUGUUUUUACUUGGUAUUUUAAUGUCCUGCCUUAUCAAAAUUCUAAUAUUACCUAAUAUGUAGAUGUUGUUCAGGGGUCGAUUGCUAAUGUUUUCUUUUCAUUUGACCUAGUUAUGUAUCUAUUACACUUGUCCAUCUGAAUGACAUUGUUGGGGCGUUUAAUAGAGUUGCUACAGUAGAUAUUUCUUUGUUUUAUGCUACAGUAUUUGGCACCUAUAUCCAGCCAUAAGACAUAUCUGGGAUCGGUGAUUGUGCUUGACCAGGGAUGAAAAAGUUGCAUGACUAAUAAUUUCCAGCGAAUUCUCCUGGACAAGAACCUAUUUUAAACUACUUUAAUGCAAAUGUAAUUGGUGGCACCUCUUAAUAGUGCAAGAAAAGGUAAUUCGAACGAUGCUGUUCUCUCAUGCCAGAGCACUGCCAUCUCUUGCUAUUGUGCUCUUGAUCAAGGCAUGUGACCUCCACCAAAUAGAACUGCAGUGUGUAGGCCAGCUGCUUGCUCUGCAGACAUUUGAUCCAGGCCCGAAUCACAUUUUUCAAGGCCUUUUCUCGCAGCCGAUGUUUGGGCUACAAUGUGGUUAGAGUGGGGAUUGCAAAAUUACAACCCAAUUGUUUUUUAUAUUUAAAAAGAAUGACAAAUACACAAGGUAGGCCACUUCAAAGCAAAGACAUGUUGAUCUAUAAACGUCAAGGGAAAUGUACAGCAUAGAAGUCAAUAUUGUGUUUUUUGUUUCCAAAGGUGGCUGAAUUACUGGUGGGAAGAUGGCUGAAGACAAAAAUGCUUUUGCUAGUGAAAUUAACUAGGAAACUAGCCUGACUUCCAGUUAUUGAAUAAACCAAAUGCAAAGAUAAGAAAUGAACAGACUUUCAACAUGUGUGUAGAGACAGGAACUCAACAGGCUCAGUCCUGACACAAAUGACAGGUGAUUGGCUGAAAUAAAUGGAUAAUAUGAACAUUG